UCUUUCACCACCAGCGGGACGGUCCUCGCAGGGCGUGCGUGCGCUACCACGGUGGCCAAGCUGCCCGUGCUUGCUGCCUUGCGCGCGGCCUCGGCGGGAGGCAGGCCGCUGGUGGUGGCACGCAACGUCGUCGAGGAUAUCGCGCUGCAGGCCGUCGGCACGGAGCGUCUGGUCGCUGCGCAGCUGGGCGCAGCUGGGCUGGAAGUGGCGUGCAUCCUCCGUAGCCAGCACCUGCCCAUCAGUGCCGCCAAGACGACCUUCCUCGCCUCGAGCCCCAGCCUGGGGCUCCAGCUGGGUGAGUUCUGGAAGUCGCAGGGCUGGACCUUCCGUAAGACCUUGCAGGCCAGGAACCUCGGCACGGACGCCACCAUCACGAGGAGGGGAGUGCAUGAGGGCCGUGUCCGUGUUGCUGGGGCGCUUCGCCGCGCGCGCAGGCUGGGCUGCUUGCGAGCUGCGGGCGUGGAGGUGGACCUCAUCCACAAGGCUGGGCCCGCAGCCAGCAUGGUGUGGGGGCGUACGGUCACGGGCAUCGCGGACGGUGAGCUGCACAGCUGGAGGCUCGCAGCGUGCCGCAGUGCAGGAGCGCCCCCCAUGGGCGCCGCGCUUGGGCUCCGCAUGCGAUGCGCCGAGCUCAGGAGGAGGCGCGACCUGGACCCCGCGGCGGGCCAUGCGGUCCAGAUGCCGGCGAGCCUCCUGCAGUCUGCCGAGCUGCUGCACAGGAUGAUGGCGCGGGGGCUCGAGGCGGCGGUAGCCAGGCACGCUGCUGCCGACACGCCGUGGAAGCACUGCGCCUCCCCCAUCGACGCGGCGGUGCUGACCCUCGCCCGGAUCGGCUGGCACUUCAAGUCCGAGCGCUACCUCGUCACGGACCUUGGCGACGAACUCGACCUCUUGCUCCUCGGGCCUCGGGAGCUAGGGCUGGAGGCUAGCCUCGGCGCCAGGCGUGCCUCCGAUCGCCGCGAGAUGCGGAAGCUCAGCCACGACCCCCUCCUGCAGCGGCCCCUGUACUGGGACGCCAUCGGGCGGCUGCUUGGGCCCGACAGCGAGCUGAACGCGAGGGGGCAGAAUGCGCUGGGGGCCUACGUCUCCAACACGCACUGGACGCAGGGUCGCCGCACUGACGCCACGUGGGCGCAGUGGGUCAGCAGGCCAGCCGACGAGAAGCUCAACGGCAAGCUGUACCUGGAUGGCUCUGCCCUCGAGCCGCAGUUCAGUGCCCUCCGCCGCGCGGGGUGGGCCAUUGCACAGUGCGACGAUGACGGCAACUUGGCCGCAGGGGUCUACGGCACCGUCAGGCGAGACCUCUGCCCGCAGCAGGCGGCCAAGGACGGCGAGGCGGUGCUCGGCGGGCGCUUGACGGAGGCCCAGCGGCGCGGCAACGAGCAUGCUGACCGCCUCGCCAAGAUGGGGGCCCUGAUGCACGCAGUGGACAGGCAUACGGCCGGCGAGCACCACGCGCUGGCGGAGAUCGUGCUGGAGCUCGGGCGCUGGAUCAGUCGGGCAGCCAUCCUCUGGCAGGACAUCGCGGCCAAGGACUGUGAAGGGCUGCCGCCUGCGGCUGAGCGACGCCAGGUUCGCUUCGCCGCUGCGGAGGCGUCGCAGGCAGCGGAGGGGGCCGCUAGCCUUGCGCCGAGCGCCAAGCGGCCGCGCCUGGAGAGCGCCCGCUCGGCUAGCAGCAGCACUGCCGCCCUCUCGGCCAGCGUUGCAGCCUUCAGCAUCCUGGGACACGCCCUCGCCUACGCCUGCACGGGAGAGGGAGACGGGACCCAGGAGCUCGUGGCGUGCACCAAGUGCGGCGCCUACAUGACGCUGGGAAGUCGCAGUCGCUCUGGCGUAAGGCCACGCCUCAAGGAGCAUUGCCCAGGCGACAAGGCCGACAAAGGCAUCCCUGCUCUGCGAUCGCAGUGGCCGCUGCCUGACCACGCGCAGGAGCAGUACCUGGAGUGGCUCGGCAUUGUGGCGGGGCCAGAGAUCGGCCCCUCGGCUGCUGCGAGCUCGGCAGGCAGCGCCUCCGCGGCGGCCGCGGCGCCCGCUGAGGUGCGGGGCCCUGUGUUGGCGGUCGCGGUCGCGCCCGCGGCGGCCGCCGACGCCAGCUUGCCUCUGCGGCGGCCAGCCGCAGCGAGGGCGGCCCUCCUUGGGGCCUUCGGCGUCGCGGAGAAUGAGCUCGCCGCCGCGGCCAUGGCAGCGGUCGGUGCCCUGGAG